CUAACAAACCCCAGAAAAAAAAGCAAACACAGACAAAGAAACAAAACCAAAAAAAAAACAACCUAAAACCUCUCCAAGAAUCUUGGUUCGGUUGCUAGAGUGACGGUGACGAUGAUGAUGAUGAGACAAAGUGGGAGCAGGGUGGCGGGGAUGGCGGGCUUGGGGUCGAGGCUUUUUUCAACGUCAGUUAUUAAGGGUGUGCAUGAGUCGAGUCGAAUCGCCAAACCAUCUUUGUUGGCGAAAGAAGUUGUGGAUACGUUUGUGAGGGCUAGGCCUGCGGUGGCGGUGUUUCGCGGCGCUAGGCAGUACUCUAGUACGGUGACGCUGCAAGGGGAGACCGAGAAGGAGAAGAACAAGGAGGAGGAGGAGAAGAAAGUGCAGAAUGUUAAUACUGCUGCUGACUCUGAGAAACAGAAAGGAAAUAUUGUGAGUUAUUGGGGUGUGCCGCCUAGCAAAGCUGCUAACAAAGAUGGCACCGAUUGGAAGUGGACUUGCUUUAGGCCAUGGGAGACAUACCAAGCGGAUCUUUCAAUUGAUCUGAAUAAGCAUCAUGUGCCCAUAACAUUCUUGGACAAAUUGGCUUACUGGACCGUCAAAUCCCUCAGAUGGCCCACUGACUUGUUCUUUCAGAGAAGAUAUGGAUGCCGGGCAAUGAUGCUUGAAACAGUGGCAGCAGUACCUGGCAUGGUGGGAGGUAUGCUAUUGCACUGCAAGUCACUGAGGCGAUUUGAGCAUAGUGGUGGCUGGAUCAAAGCACUGCUGGAAGAAGCCGAGAAUGAGCGUAUGCACCUCAUGACCUUCAUGGAGGUAGCCAAUCCUAGGUGGUAUGAGCGUGCUCUUGUGUUUACUGUCCAAGGUGUUUUCUUCAAUGCUUACUUCUUAGGCUACUUGAUAUCCCCCAAAUUCGCUCAUCGUGUGGUGGGUUACCUUGAGGAGGAAGCAAUUCACUCAUACACCGAGUUCCUCAAGGAAUUGGACAAGGGUAACAUUGAAAACGUUCCUGCUCCGGCCAUUGCUAUUGAUUACUGGCAGCUGCCUGCUGGCUCAAACUUACGCGAUGUUGUCAUGGUUGUAAGAGCAGAUGAGGCUCACCACCGCGAUGUUAACCACUUUGCAUCGGACAUACAUUAUCAGGGACGUGAGCUGAGGGAGUCACCAGCUCCAGUUGGUUAUCAUUGAUCAGCUUUCUACAAUUUGGGAGAUGAGAAAGUCCAACAAUUAUCAAACAUAAAAUCAAGUUCUUUUUUGAAGUGAUAAUGGUAUCUGCUUAUGGUCUGUUACCAAAUAUAAUUUUGUUGUAAGUACAUUAUGGAGUUCCUUGUUUACUAAGGUUGUGGAGUUGUGAUAUAUAUUAGUAAGCCUUUCUUUGUUUUCUUCUC